CCCUUUUUUCACAACGGUCUACACAACACAGUAAGCAAACUUUCACAGAAACUCCACCGUCGAUUUGCUCCUCUCCGCCUCAGAAAACCGCCCGUCUGUUCUCAUGGAGACCCAAACCGAACACUUUCCGGCGGCCCCAUCUCAAGCCAAGAGCUAUUCCACCCCGGCAAAAACCCACCGCCAGCCGAGUUCAGCAUCGAAGGUCAGAGUCGUUCUAAAGCUCCGGCCUUUUCUCCCUCAUGAAGCCUCGUCGGAAAACGGAAACCCUAGAUCCUGUGUAUCCGUUCAGGGAUCCGAGCCUUCAGCUGAUGAAAUCACUGUUGUCCUCAAAGAUCACGAAACCAGUCGAAAAGAGUGCUACCAAUUGGAUGCGGUUUUCGGUGAGGAAGACGACAAUGUGAGCCGGAUUUUCGAGAAAGAAGUUAAGCCUUUAGUUCCAGGACUAUUUCAGGGCUAUAAUGCUACUGUGUUCGCUUAUGGGGCCACUGGAAGUGGAAAAACUUACACUAUGCAGGGGACAGAUAAGGUACCUGGACUAGUGUCACUUUCCAUGUCAAACAUCUUGUCGUGCAAUUCUUCCACUGGCAGUAGUACUGUUUCGAUUUCUUACUUCGAGAUCUACCUCGACAAGUGUUACGAUUUAUUGGAUCCUAAAGAAAAGGAAAUCCUCGUAUGGAACGAUAAAGAUGGGCAGAUCCACCUCAAGGGAUUGGCUCAAGUCGAAGUGAGCUCAUCGGCCGAAUUUCACGAGAUAUUCUCUUCUGCGAUUCAAAGACGAAAGGUCGCGAAUACGAGCCUCAAUGACGUGUCGAGCAGAAGCCAUGGGGUGCUUACAAUUACCGUUUUAACCCCAUCACAACAUGAUAGUACUGACAAAGCUGUCACUGGAAAGCUUAACCUCAUCGAUUUAGCAGGAAAUGAGGACAAUAGGAGGACCUGCAAUGAGGGAAUUCGACUUCAAGAAAGUGCCAAGAUAAACCAGUCUCUGUUUGCGCUGUCAAAUGUGAUUUACGCACUUAACAAUGGCCAGCCAAGAGUGCCUUACAGAGAUAGUAAGUUGACGCGAAUACUACAGGACUCUCUUGGUGGGACGAGCCAAGCUCUUAUGGUCGCCUGUUUGAAUCCGGGAGAGUAUCAAGAAUCUGUUCAUACUGUUAGCUUGGCAGCUAGGUCACGCCAUGUUUCGAAUUUCGUGAGCCAGGCUCAAAACAAUUCGAACUCGAAUGUGAAGGUUGAUAUGGAGGCAAAGCUUCUUGCUUGGCUCGAAUCGAAAGGCAAAACGAAAGGUUCUUCUCAACAAAGAAUGGGCCUUUGCCACUCUCCAUUUUGUGGCAGGACGCCGAGUAGUUCGGUUAAACCUAUCAGGAAAUUGAACACAAAUCUGCUCUCUAAUGAAGCUAAAGUUGUUAGAGGCCAAAGUCUUCUCGAUUCAGAACAAAGGAGUUCAUGUAAAGCGAGCAGAAACAUAUUUCAUGGUCUGAGUAGUACUGCAGAUAAUAACCACGAGGCAUGUGGAAAGAAUAAUAUGUUACUGCAAGUUCUGCUCGACGAGCUAUUGAUGAUCAUCACUUUCCUGGCUCAAGAACUUUGUCCAACUGAAAUUAGUAUUGCAAAACCCGUAAUACCGGUCAAUGAAGUUGCGCCAUAUUCAAAUCCCGACUUACACUAUGCAUCGUCAUUCGAUGAGAAGGAAGCAAGGGACUGUAAAUCUGUUGAUGGCAUUAUUAGCCUUUCACCUCUGAAGCAGAAUAUAAAAGCACUUAGAAGUCCUGUUAGGAAACUACUUUCACCUAUCGAAAAUACAGAAAAACCACAUUUUGUUCUUAUUACUGAACCGAAAACUCCUACAUUAAAUCCCAUAUCGCGUGAUGGCGAAAAAAACUUCCAAGUUUUAGGGACCCCGCUUGAUAAGCUUACUGCACGGAGUUCCAGCUUAAAGACUACCCUCAUCCGAGAUUAUAUCGAAUUUUUAAACACAGCAGACCGGGAGGAGCUAAUGAAGCUAAGGGGUAUCGGUCAGAGGUUAGCCGAGUAUAUCAUUGAGCUAAGGGCAGCGAGCCCUCUGAAAUCUUUGGAUGAUCUUGAGAAGAUUGGUCUUUCCUCCAAACAGGUGCACAAUAUGUUUGGAAAAGCUACAAGUGGACUACUUGAAAAACUCGUAUACAACGCCUAGUUGUUCUCUGUUUCCACUGAGUCGACUCUGUUUCACUGUAUGAGUCGACUCAGAAUAAGGACAGUUUUUUUGUCCUUGUCUGGCUUUCUUGGUUCACUAUUUAGUAUUUAUGAUAUCUUUAGUACACUUGUACCAUAUGUAGUACAAAUGGUACAUUUUAGUACCAAUUUGCUGCAUUGUAUUGUGUUUGUACCGACUGCUUUAUGUUUGGAACGUUAGCUGGUUGAGAUUAUUUGUUGUGAAUUGUUUAGUUGAAUUACCCACAAAAUAUAGGAUAAUUCAGGUUGGUGAUUAUUGUUAUACUAAGAUGUUUUAAUCUUAUUGUAUUGUGUGUUCGUGGAAUAAAUUGUAGUUUAGUUCCAAGAAUCUCGUUAAAACAUUAAACAAU